AUCCUAAUUAUUAUUUUUCCCUAUCUCCCGUUUUUAGCUCGUCUUGUGUUCUCUCCUCGAGCCCUAGCUCGCUUCCUGAUCAAUCGUCACCUUUCUCGAUUCAUCCAAACCCUAGUUCCGAAUCAGAAUCCAUAGUCUUCGUAUCUUUCUACUUUGAUCUUUCUCAAUCAUCAAUUCGGCUUCUCUGUUUCGUUGGGUACAAGUUUCCCGAGGAGCAGUUGGAUGCUGAAACAAUGAGUUCAUUCUCGAUCACUCGUAAGAAAACACCAUUCCAGAAACACAGAGAAGAAGAAGAAGCUAGGAAGAAGAAAGCAGAGGAUGAAACGGCUCGUUUGUAUCAAGAAUUCGUGGAAUCGUUUCAAGGGGAUAAUGCAACUACUAAGACUUUUGUUCGAGGUGGGACGAUAAAUCCUGGUGACAAGCCUAAGGUUGAUUCUGAAGGUGAAAAGUCCAAAGAUGGGGGUUCGGUUUCAAAGAAGGGGAGUAGGUAUGUUCCCUCUUUCCUUCCACCACCACUGGCAUCCAAGGGUAAAGAACCGGAGAAGAAGAGGGAGGAGGAGAGGCCUAGGGAAAGAGAAAAGGGAAAGACUCGAAAUAUAGAUAAUUUCAUGGAGGAGUUGAAACGUGAACAAGAAAUGAGAGAAAGACGAAACCAGGAUCGUGACCGUCAGGGCGAUAGCUCGCCAUCUAGCCGCUUUGAUGAGCUACCUGAUGAUUUUGAUCCCAGUGGGAGGCCAGGAUCGUUUGACGAUGGUGACCCACAAACUACGAAUCUGUAUGUUGGGAAUCUGUCCCCAAAGGUUGAUGAGAAUUUCCUUCUGCGCACUUUCGGAAGAUUUGGGCCCAUAGCUAGUGUCAAGAUUAUGUGGCCAAGAACAGAUGAGGAGAAGAGGCGACAAAGAAACUGUGGCUUUGUUUCCUUCAUGAAUAGGGCUGAUGGACAAGCUGCAAAAGAUGAAAUGCAAGGGAUCAUCGUGUACGAGUAUGAACUGAAAAUUGGAUGGGGUAAAGCAGUUUCUCUACCGUCACAAGCAUUACCCGCUCCACCACCUGGACAUAUGGCUAUUCGGAGUAAGGAGGGCUGCAACUUGGUUUUUUCUGGUCAAACGGGUCCACCGAUAAUAACUUCUGUUCCAAAUCAAAAUUCUGAGCUGGUUCUUACCCCUAAUGUUCCGGAUAUCACUGUUGUUACCCCUGAGGACGAGCACCUCAGACAUGUCAUUGAUACAUUGGCACUCUAUGUUCUGGAUGGUGAAUGUGCUUUUGAACAAGCUAUCAUGGAGAGGGGCCGUGGGAAUCCACUGUUCAAGUUUAUGUUCGAGCUUGGCUCAAAGGAGCAUACUUACUACGUCUGGAGACUAUAUUCCUUCGCUCAGGGUGAUACACUUCAAAGGUGGAGAACAGAGCCGUAUAUCAUGAUAACUGGUAGUGGAAGAUGGAUACCGCCACCACUGCCUGUAACUAGGACCCAGGAGCACGAAAAAGAGUCUGCCAGCACUUAUGCGGCGGGAAGAACCAGACGUGCGGAAGUUGAGAGGACUCUGACCGAUCCUCAGAGGGAUGAGUUCGAGGACAUGUUGCGUGCUCUUACUUUAGAAAGGAGUCAGAUAAAAGAAGCUAUGGGUUUCGCUUUAGAUAAUGCAGAUGCAGCUGGAGAGGUUGUUGAAGUUUUGACGGAGUCCCUGACUCUAAAAGAGACAUCAAUUCCAACCAAAGUUGCUAGACUCAUGCUUGUGUCUGAUAUUCUUCAUAAUAGCAGUGCACGUGUUAAAAAUGCAUCUGCAUACCGAACCAAAUUCGAAGCAACUCUACCUGAUAUAAUGGAAAGCUUCAAUGAUCUGUACCGAAGCAUAACUGGAAGAAUUACUGCUGAGGCUCUAAAAGAACGGGUUCUCAAAGUACUGCAAGUAUGGGCAGAUUGGUUUCUCUUUUCAGACGCAUACAUAUAUGGACUACGUUCCACAUUUCUCCGAUCAGGAGUCUCUGGUGUUACCUCAUUUCAUUCUAUCUGCGGUGAUGCACCUGAAAUAGAGAACAAAAGUUACGCUGACAAUAUGAGUGAUAUUGGAAAGAUAAAUCCAGAUGCUGCACUGGCAAUAGGCAAAGGAGCUGCAAGGCAAGAGCUGAUGAAUUUACCAAUUGCUGAGCUUGAGAGGCGUUGUCGGCACAACGGACUGUCUCUUGUAGGAGGUAGAGUAAUGAUGGUUACCCGGCUACUAAGCCUUGAAGACACAGAGAAACAACGCGGCUAUGAAGCAGUGGAUGAAAUUCCAAAGCAUCCGCAAAACCAUUCAACUUGGGAAGAAGUUAAGAGUGAGCGGGAGCAUAUCAAGAACAGCUACGCAGAGGUUGAAAUGAAAGAGCCUGUGAAUCUACCCACGACAAUACCAAUCCCACAGCCUGAGCUGAAAGCCUUUGUGGGAAAAGAGAAGAAUGAACUCAUAUUGCCAGCUUCAAAAUGGGCGAGAGACGAUGAUGAAGCUGAUGAUGAACAAAAGAGGAGCUCCUCUUCAGGAAGUGACAAUACUGGUGGGAUAACUUUCAAGGCCGAUGGCGAGGAUCUCAAGGGAAAUGAUUGUGUCCGUGCCCAACCUGACAACGGAAUGGACGAGGAACAAAGACAAAAGCGGAGACGCAUAGAAGUUGCUUUGAUAGAGUAUCGUGAAACUCUUGAGGAACAGGGGAUGAAAAACCCCGAAGAGAUAGAGAGAAAAGUAGAAAUAAACAGAAAGAGGCUUGAAGUCGAUUAUGGCUUAUCAGGACCUAACGAGGGCAACAGAAAUCAGAAAUCAAUAAUAGAGCGGAAGGAGAAGCGUGAAGAUUCACAAGAGUCCUCUAAAAAGCGGCACCGUGGGGAAAACAAGAGCCAAAGUCCGCCACGGAAAUCAUCAACGAGGGAGAGAGAUCAUGACUUGGGGAGAGACAGGGAUAGAGAGAGACACAGAGACAGAGAUAGGCAACAUGAUUUGAACAGGGAUCGAGAUCGACGUGAAAAGAGUUCAAGCCACGAUCGAGACGAUAAUGAUAGAAGCAAAGAGAGAGACAGGGAUUGGCGCAGACGAGGCACGAGAUGAUAAUGAUGAUUAUGCUUGUUCUCACCUCAUGGUCUGUUCUCAAGAUUUUAACCUUUUGUGUUUUUAAAUCCAGAAGAUAUUGUAGAACUUGUUCUCAGACACAGCUUGUAAUUUUGUAUCCCAAUUUCUGAAAGAUUUCUCACUCAAUUGUUUCUUCUACUGGAUUCUUGUUUUUCUUAUGGAACUAUUUUAGAAAUGUAAGUAGAUUAGGUAGGUCCCCAAAUUCACAAAGAAUUGUUUCUUCUAUACCAAAAACACACAAACUUGUUAUGCAUUCAGAGAAAAAUGUAGUGUGUGCCUUUUGCACUUUCCAGAAGUAAAAGUGAAGUUCGGCAAAACUGCUGAAAAACUGAAGCAUUUGCUUCAAACACUAUAAUAAAAGAACACUAGCUAUCUUCUAUCAACAGAGUGAACAAGAGAAGCCAAUUCCAAAUUCCGAGUUCCUUCUUUUUCAUCUUUCUCUUCGUCCGAAUCUUCGCCCAUUAUCUCAUCCGGGAGCUUGAACGUGUUUUGAUCUCCUUUAGGCACAAGAAACAGAAAACAAAGCGGCAAAAGUCUCAUGACAUUCCUGACCAAAACCGCAAGCCACAGGUUACCAAACUCAGUCCGAGUCACCUUGAGGACAUGCAACAUUAUCCCUCCAAGCCAAGAUGAGGUCAUGAGGCCUGCAUUGUCAAUUGACAUUAGCAAUGCAAAGAACGUCCCUUCAAUUCCGUGGGGACAAAGCUUUGAAGUGAGGACAAGCAGCGGCAUCCAUUUCAAGCGUCCGAUCAUCUGAGAAACUAUCUCGUCCACUACUAUGAAGAGAUAAUCCGGUAAACCAAAUUUUAAGUUGAGACGGAACACAAGAAUGAGGUCAAGCAUUCCCGAUAGAGCAAAGAGAAGUUGAGUCCACAAACAAAGUCCGCGGAACGGAUGAUCCUUUAGGACUAGUUGGUAUAACGUUGCUGCUAGAAUCGAUCCGAUUGAACCAAUGGAGAGAAUGAAACCAACUGUUUCCUAAAACAGACCAGGUAGGUUCUUCAGCAUAUUACUUAUUUUGGGGUGAAGUUUGAAAAUAGAAACUAUUUGUUUUGGUAAUACCUGAGCAAACAAAGGACCAUCC